UACUCGGACGGUUUAUCCUUAUAUUAGCAUAUGGUAUUAGUGUGGUAUUUUAAAAAAAUCAGAGCAUAGCAUAGGUUUUUUGUCGUUUUUAUACUUUUCUAUAAAAUGUAUUUCACUAUAAGUACUUUGACCACUACUUGAACGGUAUCUCCUUAGAAUACCAUAUGCUAUCAGUGUGGUAUUGUAAAAAAAUUAAAGCAUAGUAGAGGUUUCUGUUUGGUUUUUUUAUCAUCUCUUUAAAACAGUAUGGUUAACAUUGUGCAAGAACAAAAAUCGAGUGGUGAAAACGAUUUGCAUUGUGAAGUCUCUACUUGAAAUUAGACAUUCAGAAUCACGAAUCUAGAUUUUGAAGAAAGAAGUGAUGAUUUACCUUGAUCGUUGAAGACGUCGAAGUUGAAAACCCUCACUUGAUCGCUGAAGAACUGAUAUCAGUAUCCUUUGCUAACGUUAUGAAAAUUCGAGUUUGCAGUUUCUCGUCAGUAUUCUUUGUGAGCGGAGAUAAAAAUGUGACAGAGAGAAUGGAUAUCGUAAAUGGAGAGAAUGUAUAGCAUAAAUGUAUACCGAAAAAGCAGAGAUGGAACGCGAACCGUCUGUGAUGCUUUUUGUUUUCGCAGAGUUUGUAGAGGUGACAAUUAGGAUCCAAAUCCAUGAAUCCAAUCCAAUCCAUCCACCAAACUAUCCACCUAAUCCAAUCCAUUUAAAUCCAAUCCGUUUGAUCCAAAUCCAAUUGGAUUGGUGGAUUCAUGGAUCAAUCCAUGGAUCCAAAUGACAAAUUAUGAUUUGGUACCUAUAUUUUUUAUAUUUUACAUUUUGGUACCUAAAAUUUAUAUUUUUAUACGAAAAAUAACAUUGGAAAAUUACAUUUUGGUACCUAAUAUUUUUCAUCAUGACAUUUUAGUAUGUAAACUUUUAAAAAAUUAUAUUUGGUCCAAGCCUUGGAUGUCAUUUGGAUUCAUGGAUCAAUCCACCAAUCUAUUUGAUCCAAUCCAUAAAUCCACCAAUUCAUUGGAUCCAAUCCAUUUGAUCCAUUGAUCCACCAAUCCAAUCCACGAAUCCGAUCCAAUUGCCACCUUUAAGAGUUGGUGAUGAUGAUGGCUGGGAAGGGUCGCGUCUUUCUUUUUCAAAUUAUCAGAAGGAUUGUCAGGUUACUAUUUUACCACUGCGUGUAUUUAAUAUCCCACAUCUAAAGGUCAUCUAUGGACGGCGAAUCGAUUGGUUACGGAGAGUUACUCACCUGAUGGUUAUUGAUCGAAUGUGGACCCCUUCCCUCCUCUCCCUCUCUCUCAAGUCUCACCUUCAUCCGGUAUCUAUUUUAAUUCCCAUAUCCCAACCAGCGCUAUAUAACUAAUACCUUUCCACUCUAGAUCUUGUCGUCCCAGAAAUCAGUCAUUGGCCAAUCCGAAUUGCGAGCACACAACCCAAGACGACAAUGGCAUCAUCGUCGGACGACAAGGCUGCUGCUAUUUCUUCCACGGCUGUGCGUCCUCCUCCAGCACUUCCCUGGAAGGUGAAGCUCUUCGUCAAGCUCAUGUCCUUCGCGGUGGACCUCAGCUGUCGACCUGACGGCACCGUCAACCGCCGGGUCAUGUCCUUGUUCGACAUCAAAUCCCGUCCCCGCCGCUCCAAAGGCGUCUCCUCCACCGACGUCACCGUCGAUCCCAGCCGCAACCUCUGGUUCCGUCUCUACACCCCAACUUUUUCCACCGCCAACCCCUUGCCGCUCAUCUUCUUCUUCCACGGCGGCGGCUUCGCAUUCUUGGCUCCCGACUCCAAGCCUUACGACGACUCCUGCCGCCGCCUCGCCGCCGAAAUCCCUGCCGUUGUCAUCUCCGUCAACUACCGCCUCGCCCCGGAGCAUCGCUGUCCGUGCCAGUACGAGGACGGCCUCGACGUCCUUAAGUUCAUCGACGGCGGCAAGUGCAAUGAAGUCGCCAGGCUGUGCCAGGCUGGCACAGUGGAGCUGAAAAGGAGCUUCGUGGCGGGAGACAGCGCGGGAGGCAACCUUGCCCACCACGUGGCGAUGAGAGGUGGGUCCCACAAGUUCUCUUCCUUGGAUCUGAUAGGCAACAUAUCCAUCCAGCCCUUCUUCGGCGGGGAGGAGCGGACGGCGUCGGAGCUGGAGCUAGCCGACGCGCCCUUCUCCACGUGGAAGCGCACGGACAUUAUGUGGAAGCUGUUUAUGCCGGUGGGGUCGGACAGGGACCACCCGGCGGUGAACGUGUUCGGGCCGAACGGCGAGGAUGUGAGCACGGUGAAGUUCCCGGCGACGGUGGUGUUCGUGGGCGGGUACGACCCGCUGAAGGACUGGCAGAGGAGGUACUGUGAAGGGCUGAAGAGAGCAGGGAAGGAGGCGAGGGUGGUGGAGUACGAGAAUGCGAUUCAUACCUUCUACGCCUACCCGGAGGUGCCGGAGUCGGACCGCUUUGUGGAGGAGGUCCGGAAUUUCAUCCGCGACCCAAUCGGGUUCUGUACUCAGCCGACCAACAGUAGUGGUCAUUAAUUAGUUAUGAGACUUAAUUAUCACUUAUGGCCUAUGGGUAGAGAAUUGGGCAGCCUAGCUCUCUCGAUCGUGGCGUGCGUGCUGAUGUAGUUUUUAAUCACAUAAAAUUAAUAACAAGUUUAAUGAAUUACAAUCUGAAUUGGUGCGGGGCUCUUUUAAUUAUGCAUUAGGCGCACAUGAUCCGGCAAUUCCAUGUGUUGCCUUAAAUUGCUCUGAAUAAUGAAGAUAGAUAGCUAGCAAGGGCAUGAGAUGAGGUGUUGUGGAGCCGAUGGGUAUACUAAAUAGAUGUGGUCUCUAAAGUCUAAACUCCACAAUCCACAUGCAUAUUCAAUUGCUCUAUUUAUGAAUUUGGCAAUUUGCCAACCCUUUAUAUAGGCGGGCCUUUUUAUAAUGAAUGUCACAUGAGUUUUUUUAUAAUGAAUGUCACAUGAAGUUUGGAUACCCCUUCAAUGUCGUACACUUUCCAGUAAUACAGUAUAGGAUAAGAAAUUGAUGUUGGGAUUUUUUAUUAUGUGAAUGGAAAUUAAAAGGAAAAGAGAUUCAAGAGAAUCUCUUGAAGUAUCAUGUUGGUAAGAUGUGGAAAGGCACGGUCUCGAAUUUGAUCGAUUUGAUGUAAUAUGUGGUUAAUUAGUUAAAUUGGUUUUGUGUAAUCAAACGGACCAAACCAAAUCGAGUUGAACCAAAUCAAAUCAAACUGAUAUGGCGGUUGGAACAACCAAAUCGGUUCAACUUCCAUAGGCCGAAUCAAUGCAAUGGUUGAGAACUUUUAAAUCAACUAAUGCAAUGGUUGGUGGUGUAACCACCCACACGAAGAGUUGCCCCUUCGUACGCACCCCUUCAUUGUCUAUAAGUAGCACCGAACCCCUCUGGUUUUUAUAUAUGUUUUCCAUACAAAAAACUCUGCAAAUCUAAAGUGGUUUUUCUGCAUUGUUUUCCAAAAGAAAAAUUGAGUCAAAGUUGUUCUUGUUGGUUCGCUACGUUCGAUGAUUUCCGGGGUUUGAGGUUUGAGGUACCAUUACGCUGGAAAAUGUACGUCAUGUCUAUCCUGUGAGGAAUCAUUCCAUAACCUUGGGUACUAGAGGGGAAUAAGAUUCCUUAAGUAGAGACAUUGAAUUAUGUCGGCUAGGACGUUUGUAUGUGUCUUUGUAUGUUUUCUUAAUCUUAUGUGUUUUCUUGUGUUGCAAGAAAAUAGUAUACGUGAACAAUUUCAACUACAGGUGAAACCAAAUAAUGCAAACCCAAAGGUACAUCAUGCCCUCUAGGACUAGGAUACAGUCCAAUUCGGUUUCAACCGAAUCAGAUUGACCCAUUUUUUAAAACCGUAUUGGACAACCCCAUGACUAGAAACGGGAUUGGAUUGUUAUCCGGUUCUGACCAAACCGGAUUGGAUGCAAUACGGUUUUAACCGGAAAACCAUACACUCAAAUAAACUAAAACACAACAACAUUUGAACUGACCUGAGGAAAAAAAAAUUAAAAUCGUCGACCUCCAUCUCGGCCCCAAAACCCAAUUCCUAUCUAUCUCUUCCCAAAUCUCGCAUCUCUCUGCCAAAUCCCAAUCCCUAUAUAUCUCUUUCCCCAAUCUUGAUUCCUUCUCAAUCUUAUAUAUCCUUCUCCUCCUCCUCCUCCUCUCACUUCUUCAGGACUCGACGAUGGCUCUUGAUGAACGAUUCCUAAUGGCUGGUGGGCGACUGGGCGACGAACGAUGAUGAAGAUCUCAAUGACCGGCGGUACAUAGGUAGAACAGAACAGAGACUGAGAUACCUCUGUUGCGACUAGCGUGAUUCGCUGCCGGCCAACAGGAGUCAGUGAGUCAAUUAAUGGGGAUGUAGGGA